AUGUCGAGUAAUCGCAACUAUGAUUUCCUGAUUAAGCUGCUCCUGAUAGGCGACUCCGGCGUCGGCAAGUCGUGCUGUCUGCUGCGAUUCAGCGAGGACUCCUUCACCCCUUCAUUCAUCACCACUAUCGGUAUCGACUUCAAGAUCAGGACUAUCGAGCUCGAUGGAAAGCGCGUCAAGCUGCAGAUCUGGGAUACCGCCGGUCAGGAGCGUUUCCGCACCAUCACCACCGCCUAUUAUCGUGGUGCCAUGGGAAUCCUCCUUGUCUACGACGUCACCGACGAGCGCUCAUUCAACAACAUCCGAACUUGGUUCCAAAACGUCGAGCAACAUGCCACAGAGGGUGUCAACAAGAUUCUAAUUGGCAACAAGUGCGACUGGGAGGAGAAGCGAGUUGUUUCCACCGAGCAAGGCCAGGCUCUCGCCGAUGAGCUGGGCAUUCCCUUCCUCGAGGUCUCUGCCAAGAGCAACAUCAAUAUCGACAAGGCCUUCUACAGCCUAGCCGCAGACAUCAAGAAGCGACUUAUCGACAACUCCAAGAACGACCAACCCUCAGCGAGCGGUGUCAACGUCGGCGAUAAGAGCGAAGGCGGCGGCAGCAAGUGCUGCUAA